AUGUCAGCUGAGUGGAGUAAAAUUGUCUAUUCAUUACUCAGUCGUAAAAAUAGUGAUACAUAUCAACGUCUUAUAUAUGAAAUAGUAGAAUCUGCUCCAUGCUGGUUUGCUGGUUCUAUUUUACUUGAUUUCGAAAAGGCAUGUAUUAAUGUAUAUGACAGUAGUUUUGUUAAUAUAUCAUUAUCUGGUUGUUAUUUCCAUUUUCGUCAAAAUCUUCAUCGACAACUUCAGGCAUUAGGUUAUCAGAAUCGUUAUCAAGAAGAUGUUAAAUUUGUUCAUAAUAUUAAUAAAAUAGCUGCGUUAGAUUUUAUUCCACCUUGUGAUGUAUCACAUGCAUAUUCAUGUCUUGUAUUAGAUCUUGAUGAUGAUUACCAAGAUAUUUUAAAUUAUUUUGAAGAUACAUAUAUAGGACGACUUUGCCCUAACAAGACACGACGUCAACCAACAUUUAGUAUUGAAUUUUGGAAUAUGCAUACAAGGACAACACAAUUAUCCAUGCUCAAAAAGCCGGAUGACAGCUUUAGAUUUCUUGUUGAUUACCGCAAACUUAAUGAAGUAACCAAAAAAGACAGCUAUCCACAACCAAAUACAGAGGAGCUAUUACAACGCAUCGGCCGACAUUCAUGGUUCACAAAACCCAUACAGCAGGCUGACAAAGAAAAAACUGCGUUUGUCACUCAGGACCGCCUCUAUCAAUUUGAAGUGUUGCCACACGGUUUAGCAAAUGCACCGCCCACAUUUCAACGUGUUAUGAAUAACCUCUUAGCUAAUAAUCGAUGGGAUUGGUUGGUACUCUACCUAGAUGAUAUUUUGAUAUUCUCUCAUUCCUUCGACGAACACAUGAAACAUUUAAACGAAGCCUUGGCCAUUUUACACGCACGUAAUUUUCAACUUAAUCCGAAAAAAUGUAUGAUAGCCGUACAAGAAAUCGAAUUUCUAAGUCACACCGUGGCACCCACGACAAUCAAACCAUCCAUUGAACGAAUUAAACCUAUUUUAGAUAUGCCAGAACCUCGUACAUUAAAACAAGCUAAUCAGUUUAUUGGAAAAUUAAAUUGGUAUCGCCGAUUUAGUCCAAAUUUUGCAAAAAUCAGUGCGCCUAUCCAUAAAGUUACUAACAAAACUCGACUUCGACGUAAAGAUUUUUAUUGGCACCAAGAACAACAUGAUGCAUUUCUUAAAUUAAAGGACAUAUUAACUACAGAACCAUUACUUCUUAUAUUUCCACGCCCCACAGCUCAAUUUAUUUUAUCGACCGACGCUUCUGGGCAUGCCGUCGGUGGCACAUUAAAACAAGAAAUAGAUGGAAAAAUACAUUACAACUAUUAUCUAUCACGAUUACUCAAUUCAGCCGAACAAAAUUAUUCUACGAUAGAGCGUGAAGCAUUAGCCAUAUUCUGGUGUUUGCACAAACUUGAACAUUAUUUAAGCGACAGACCAGUUAUUAUUGAAAUAGA